AUGCAAACACUUCCCCCCCUAUCGUCAAGUCACAUCCACAUCGCUGAUGAUGCGGUCGAUCGCAUCCCCUCCAUCGGCACUGGUGCCUACGCGCACCAGCAGCGGUUGGAAAAGCCGGGCUUGAGCAGGUAUAGCACGGAGGAGAAGGAAGUCGAGGAAGAGGAGGACGGGAGGGAUGUGAGGAAGAAGCAGACUUUCCGAGGCAAAUACCUCUUCUGGCUCGCGUACCAAUCCAUUGGCGUCAUUUACGGCGACAUCGGCACCUCCCCCCUCUACGUCUACUCUUCAACCUUCAGCUCCGAGCCCAGCCGGGAUGACCUCCUCGGCGCGCUCUCCUUGAUCAUCUGGACCUUGACGCUGAUGGUUAGCGUCAAGUAUGUUACCAUUGUGCUCAGGGCGGAUGAUGAGGGUGAGGGGGGGACGUUCGCUGUCUAUAGUUUGUUGUCCAGAUAUGCAAAUAUCGUGAGACGCGAUCCAAGAGAAGAGAGGGGCAUCAAGAUGGAGAGGGUCAAGACUAAUGAAUUGAGCACCGGCAGCAAGUCUGCGAGGAAUUUCAUGGAAAGGAGUGCAUUCAUGAAGGCCUUGUUGAAGGUUGUGGGGGUGUUGGGGGUGUCAUUGGUCAUGUCCGAUGGUGUCCUCACCCCAGCUCAAUCUAUUCUGGGUGCCAUUCAGGGCCUGGAAAUCGUCAAGUCUGACAUCUCCUCAUCCACCAUCGUCGGCACGACUUGUGCUAUCUUGAUCUGCCUUUUUCUCAUUCAGCCUCUGGGUACAUCCAAGAUUGGAAGUGCUUUUGCGCCGAUUGUCAUCAUUUGGCUGCUGUUCAAUCUCGCCUUUGGCAUCUACAAUCUGGUCUUCUUUGACCACUCGGUCCUGAAAGCGUUCUCGCCCUACUUUGCCGGGGCAUACUUUGUACGGAACAAGACCGACGGAUGGAGGUCUCUUGGAGGCAUUUUGCUCGCCUUCACAGGCGUUGAAGCAUUGUUCGCCGAUCUCGGUGCUUUUACCAGGAGGGCCAUCCAGCUCUCGUGGUUGUGCUUCGGGUUUCCGUGUCUUCUGCUGGCCUACAUCGGUCAAGCUGCAUACAUUAGUCAGAACAAAGGUGCCUACUCCAACCCCUUCUUCAACUCUGUGCCUCCGGGCAUGUUCUACCCUAGUUUGGUCAUUGCCAUUCUUGCGGCUAUUGUGGCAAGUCAGACUAUGAUCACUGCGACCUUUCAACUGUUGUCCCAAAUAAUCAAGUUGUCAUACUUCCCACAAAUCAAAAUGAAACACACAUCGAGGACCUUCCACGGUCAAAUCUACAUUCCGUGGGUCAAUUGGAUUCUCAUGGUCGGCACGAUUUGCGUCACAGCGGCGUAUAGCAAUGUGCGCACCUAUCUCUUUGCCGUUAGUGCUCGCAAACAGUGA